AUGCAGCUUCUCCUGCUCCUGCCCCUGCUGUUGGCCCCAGCACCAGGCUCCCCGGCCCCAAAGCGGAGGCAGCCCAGGGACACUUGGGGUGUUUGGGGUGCCUGGAGCCCUUGCAGCCGGACUUGUGGAGUGGGUGUCAGCUUCCGAGAGCGCCCCUGCUACUCUCUGAGGCAAGAUGGGGGUUCUAGCUGCGUGGGCCCUGCCCGGAUCCACCGCACAUGCCAUACGGAGAGCUGCCCAGAGGGUGCCAGAGACUUCCGAGCGGAGCAGUGCUCAGAGCUGGACACUCUGGAGUUCCAGGGGAGACACUACACAUGGCUGCCCUACUAUGGGGCACCAAACAAGUGCGAGUUGAACUGCAUCCCACACGGGGAGAACUUCUACCACACACACAAGGAGGCUGUGCUGGAUGGGACACCCUGCGAGCCUGGCCGGAGGGACGUGUGUAUAGAAGGCCGCUGCCGGACUGUUGGCUGUGAUCUCAAUCUGGACUCGUCCAUGCAGGAGGACAAGUGUCUGCAGUGUGGGGGAGACGGCACAACCUGCUACCAUGUCACAGGUGUCUUUGACGCCAAGGACCUCAGCAGAGGAUACAACCAGAUGUUUGUCAUUCCCAUGGGAGCCACCAGCAUCCGAAUCAAGGAGGCGGCUGCCAGCAGAAAUUUCCUGGCGGUGCGGGCUGUCCCCGGUGAAUACUACCUCAAUGGGCACUGGACCAUCACGACCGCCCAGGCCUUGCCUAUAGCCAGCACCAUCUUGCACUAUGAGCGGGGUUCCGAGGGGGACCUGGCCCCCGAGCGGCUCCAUGCACGAGGCCCCACUUCGGAGCCUCUGGUGAUUGAGCUCAUCAGCCAGGAGCUUAACCCCGGUGUGCACUACGAGUACUACUUGCCCCUGGGGGCUCCCCAAUCCCACUUCAGUUGGAGCCACGGUUCCUGGAGCCCCUGCAGCGUACAGUGUGGAGGAGGCCACCAGUCCCGCGCCGUGUUCUGUACCUCGGACAAUGAGGCCUACCCAGAUCACAUGUGCCAGCAGCUGACCCGGCCAGCGGACCGCCGCCCCUGCAGCCUCCAGCCCUGCCCGCAGACCCGGCGCUGGGAGAUGGGCCCUUGGACACCCUGCUCAGUCUCCUGUGGGGGCGGCUGGCAAUCCCGCUCUGUCUUCUGCACCUCGUCUGAUGGGGCCGGUGGUCAGGAGGCAGCCAGCGAGGUCGAGUGUGCGGGUCUGCCCGGGAAGCCUCCAGCCACACGGGCUUGCCAGCAGCAGCGCUGCUCAUCCUGGCAUGUGGAGCCCUGGGGAGAGUGCUCUGUGAGCUGUGGCACUGGGGUGCGGAGGAGACGUGUCACCUGCAGGGCUGAGCAGGGGUCCCAGAUCCAUGCCCCAGCCUGCUCCUUGGAGGACCAGCCCCCCAUCACUGAGCCCUGCGUACUUGAUGACUGUCCCCACCACAGUGACCAGGCUUGGCUCGUGGGUGCCUGGGGUCUGUGCUCCAAGAGCUGCAACUCGGGUUCUCGGAGGCGCCAGGUCAUCUGUGCCAUCGGGCCCCCUGACCACUGUGGGAGCCUGCAGCUGUCCAGGCCUGUGGACACGGAGCCCUGUAACACGCAGCCCUGUCACCUGCCCCCAGGAGUUCCCAGUGUGCCUGUUGCACACCCCAGCCCCAGGGACCCCUGGAAGUCUCUGGGCCUUCAGGAGGCUUCGGUCUCAGAUUCUCACGAUGCGUGGUGGGCACCCCGAGAGCGAACCUCAGCUGAGGGGAACCCUGGAGGAGACGAGGGCCCUCGCUCACAGACUUCUCUGCAGCCACCUCCCCGCCGACAGUCUCCAGGGUCCGGCUCAGGGGCUCGUGACUGCAGGAACAGUCCCCAUGGGUGCUGCCCCGAUGGUCACUCGGUCUCUCUCGGGCCGCAAUGGCAGGGCUGCCCCGAGAUGUCCUGUGAGCAGAGCAGGUUUGGGUGCUGCCCUGAUGGUGAGUCUGCAGCCGAGGGGCCCCACCAGGCUGGCUGCACACGCAACGACCGACCUGAUUCCCACCCUGGGAGCAGGCCGGGGUCCCGAGCAGUGGCUCCUGUGGUUCCCCAGGCCCAGCGGCCCCAGGCCCAGCAGAGUGCGCCCAGCGAGUGCCGUGGCUCCCAGUUUGGCUGCUGUUAUGACAGCGUGGUCUCAGCGAUGGGCCCCCUCGGGGAAGGCUGUGUGGGCCAGCCCAACUACGCAUACCCGGUGCGGUGUCUGCUGCCCAGUGCCCUCGGCUCCUGCACCCACUGGCAGGCUCGUUGGUACUUCGUGGCUUCUGUGGGCCGGUGCAACCGCUUCUGGUAUGGUGGCUGCCACGGCAAUGCCAACAAUUUUGCAACGGAGGAGGAAUGCAUGAGAGGCUGCCGGGGCUCCGGGCAGGGGCCCCACCAUCCUGGCCCUGAGACAGACAGUGGGUCUGGAGGCCGGAGAAAGCCUAUGCCUACUGGAGAGACUCACCGCACCCCCACCUCCAGGGAAGGGGCCUGGAACCCUGAGCUGGGGCACAGAGCCUCCUCGGGGCAGCCAGCAGCCCCGCCCCACGGCCCUCCAUACAGGGUUGGCCAGGCUGGUGCAGACCCCUCCUUGGUGCAGGCGACCGCGGGCCAGUGGGUGCAGCUCUACUGCCCAGAUGACUCCCCGCCGGACCCCCGUGAAGUGUGGCAGAAAGACGGGAGACCCCUCUACUCUGACAGGCACGUGAGGCAGCCCGAUGGCUCCCUGGUUAUCACCCCCCUGCGGGUAGAGGACACAGGCAGCUACAGCUGUGGCCCCGGCUGGCACUCACGCGUCGAGCUGCGUGUCACAGGGGGUGACAUGGCUGUGCUGUCUGAGGCUGAGCGAAGGACUCCUCAAAUUGGAGACUCUAGACUCGGGGCAGGUGCUGGGAGUCAGGGAGUCAUUUCCUCCUCGCAUCCUGGGCCCACAACAAGGUUGCGUCUGGACCGGAACCAGCCUGGGGUGGUGGACGCCUACCCGGGCCAGCAGGCCCACUUGCCGUGCCGUGCCGAGGGCCAUCCACCUCCAGUCAUUGAGUGGCAGUGGGAUGGGCAGGUCGUGUCCUCCCGCAGACAUCGGCCACAGCCUGAUGGCUCUCUGAUCAUCAAUGAUGUGAGGCCGGAGGACGGGGGCUUCUAUGCCUGUGUGGCUUCUGCCGGGCAUGACCGGGACCAGCGGUGGGUCCAGUUGCGAGUGCUGGGGGAGCUGACAAUCUCAGGGCUGCCCCCUGCUGUGACGGUGCCAGAAGGGGACACGGCCAGGCUGCUGUGCAUGGUAGCAGGAGACAGCGCCAACGUCAGGUGGUCACGAAACGGGCUGCCGGUGCAUGCUGAUGGGCAGCGAGUGUACCAGUCCUCGGAUGGCACUCUGCUCAUCCACAACCUGCAGGCCAGGGACGAGGGCUCCUACACCUGUAGUGCCUAUCGUGGGAGCCAGGCUGUCAGCCGCAGUACGGAGGUGAAGGUGGUUCCAGCACCGGUUGCCCAACCCUGGGACUCCAGCAGGGACUGCAUGGACCAGCCUGAACUGGCUAACUGUGGCUUGAUCCUGCAGGCCCAGCUCUGUGGCAAUGAGUACUACUCCAGCUUCUGCUGUGCCAGCUGUUCCCGCUUCCAGGCCCAUGCGCAGCCUGUCUGGCAGCAGGGCUGA